UCUGGUCUGUGUCAGAGGAGCUCCUCUUGGCCCCCACUCCACAGGCAUUUUGUGGCCCUUUAAUUCCUCCACCAUGGGCUCACCGGCCUCUGACCUUCAGGACUAAUAACAACGUGUCUCCCAGAGUCCCCACGGCCACAGACAGAGCCCAACCUUUGCCUGGGACAUUGGUGCCAGCCACCACCAGCACAUUUCUGGACUUGUGCCCUUUCACUCCCCUCCUUUCCCUGGAUUUGAAGGCAAGCCAAGAUCAGCCACUGGGUUUAGUGUCUGCUCAAGGUGGCACCAACCACCCCAGGUUGAAGUGGUGGCAAGAGGCAGCCAGUACCUGGCAGGGCUGUGGGUACCACCCUGUAUGCCUGGGAAUUCACCUUUUCCACUCCUGCUGCCCCAAAGUGUCUGCACAAUGAUAGAUGAACCCCCUGCCAGCACUGGGGGCUUCACUCCAACAUCCAUGUGAUGCUGCAGGGGCAAGAGGACACUUUGAGGAGCUUGCAGGGGGCAACAUCUGCACCACCCGUGGGGUGAACUCCUGCAAGCAGUGCUUGGCUGUCAGUCCCCUCUGCACCUGGUGCUCUGCUGAGGUCUGGGCGCAGUCGACCCCUCGCUGUGACCUACGUGCCAACCUCCUGCACAACGGCUGCGGCUUGGAUCACAUUGAGUCCCCCAGCAGCAGUGUCAUCAUUGUGGAGGACCGGCCCCUCAGCAGCAAGGGCUCGGGGGGGUCCACCACCACUCAGAUGAGCCCCCAGAGAAUACAGCUGAACCUGCGGCCAGAUGACUCCCAGGUCUUUCAUGUCCAAGUGCGUCAAGUGGAAGAUUACCCAGUGGACAUCUACUACCUGAUGGACCUGUCCAACUCAAUGAAGGAUGAUCUGAGGAACAUCCAGAACCUGGGCACAAAACUGGCCAGUGAGAUGCGUAAGCUCACCAGCAACCUACGCAUCGGCUUUGGGGCCUUUGUGGACAAACCCAUUUCCCCCUAUAUGUACAUAUCUCCUCCAGAAGCCGUCAAGAACCCUUGCUAUGAGAUUGGGGAAACCUGCCUGCCCAUGUUUGGGUACAAACACGUCCUGACGCUCACGGAUGAGGUGACUCGCUUCAACGAGGAGGUGCAGAAGCAGAGUGUCUCCCGGAACCGUGAUGCACCUGAGGGUGGCUUCGAUGCCAUCAUCCAGGCCACUGUGUGCGAUAAAAAAAUUGGCUGGAGGAAUGAUGCUUCCCACCUGCUUGUCUUCACCACGGACGCAAAGACCCACAUUGCGCUGGACGGGCGGCUGGCUGGCAUUGUGCAGCCCAAUGAUGCGCAGUGCCACAUUGACGAGGAUAAUUUCUACUCUGCCACUACCACUCUGGACUAUCCCUCUCUAGGCCUGAUGACUGAGAAACUCUCACAGAAGAACAUCAACUUGAUCUUUGCUGUGACAGAUACGGUUGUUGGCCUCUACCAGAACUACAGUGAGCUGAUCCCGGGCACAACUGUGGGCACCUUGUCCAGAGACUCCAGCAACGUCCUGCAGCUCAUAGUGGACUCCUACGGGAAAAUCCGCUCCAAAGUGGAGCUGGAGGUGCGUGACCUCCCUGAAGAGCUGUCUCUGGCCUUCAAUGCCACCUGCCUCAACGACGAGGUCAUUCCUGGGCUCAAGUCUUGCAUGGGGCUCAAGAUCGGGGACACGGUGAGCUUCAGCAUCGAGGCCAAAGUGAGGGGCUGCCCCCAGGAGCUGAAGAAAUUCUUCACCAUCAAACCUGUGGGCUUCAAGGACAGCCUGACAGUGGAGGUGAACUUCAACUGUGAGUGCUCCUGUGAGAGCAGUGCUGAGGCCAACAGCCGGUCCUGCAGCCAUGGCAAUGGCACGCUGGAGUGCGGCGUGUGCCGCUGCAACCCUGGGCGCCUGGGCUCACACUGUGAGUGCUCAGAGGAGGAGUACAACCCCUCACAGCAGGAUAACUGCAGUCCCCAGCCAGGCCAGCCCCUGUGCAGCCAGCGUGGCGAGUGCAUCUGCGGGCAGUGUGUGUGCCACAGCAGCGACUUUGGGAAGGUGACGGGCAAGUAUUGCGAGUGCGACGACUUUUCCUGUGUUCGCUUCAAGGGCCAGAUGUGCUCAGGCCAUGGGCAGUGCAGCUGUGGGGACUGUCUGUGCAACUCAGACUGGACAGGCGACUACUGCAACUGCACCACGCGCACUGACACCUGCAUGUCCAGCAAUGGGCUGGUGUGCAGUGGCCAUGGCUCCUGCGUAUGCGGCCGCUGUGAGUGCACUCAGCCUGGGUCCUACGGAGACACCUGCGAGAAGUGCCCCACCUGCCCAGAUGCCUGCACCAUCAAAAAGGAUUGCGUGGAGUGCAAGAAGUUUGAGCGGGGAAAGCUAGUGGAGCAGCAGUCCUGCAGCCGCAUGUGCCGUGAUGAGAUCGAGACAGUGCAGGAACUGAGUGACAGAGGUAAGGAUGCUGUGAACUGCACCUAUAAGGAUGAGAAUGACUGUGUGAUGAGGUUCCAGUACUACGAGGACUCCAGUGGCAAGUCCAUCCUCUACGUCAUUGAGGAGCCUGACUGUCCAAAGGGGCCAGAUGUCUUGGUAGUCCUGCUCUCAGUGACAGGUGCCAUCCUGCUUAUUGGCCUCACUGCCCUGCUCAUCUGGAAGCUCCUCAUCACCAUCCAUGACCGCCGUGAAUUUGCCCGUUUCGAGGAGGAGAAGGCCAGGGCCAAGUGGGACACGACCCAUAAUCCUUUAUAUAAAGAGGCCACGUCUACCUUCACCAAUAUCACAUACCGCGGGAACAUGUAAGGAUGCCGCAUCCAGCACUGGCCAAGGGAUCAGCUGAGGAUCCAUGGGAUCUCUUGGAACCCAGUUUACAGAAGAGCUUGUUUGUGUCUGCCUGUGUGAAUGACUGCAUGUAAUUUAACAAGUCCCUGACUGCCUCCAACCCCUGUUGUCUGUAACUCCAGGGACAUGCUUUCCAUAGCAAACCUCGGCCCUUACCUCAGCGGGUCGCUCGCAGAGCCAGCAGCCCCUCGAUACACUGAACACAGAGAAAUGGGAUGAUCUCUGUCAGUCUGUGAACUUUUUGGUGCUCAUUGGGCCAAGAGCAUUUCAGGAGCAGCUGCUUGAACCACACGCUGACCUGUGCUCUCCUCCACACCCUGCGUGGAGGUCUCGCUUUUGUUGCUUUGGAGACCCUUCUGCACUGGCCUCGGUCCCUCUGGACACAGGGACUUUCUCUUUGGGACAGGGCAGCUGCCAGCAGGCAGGAGCCAUCACUGGUUUUGGGGGUUCAGGACACUGCUUGAAAAGCCCAGCAGCUCCUUUUUUCUUGCAGCCAUAUGUCACUGGUGCUGCUGUGCCCCACAUAACACUGCCUUCCCUCACUCCCUCCAGUGCAUUCAGUCUACACCACCUGCCAUCACCACCUGCCAUCAACCCUAACUCCAGCUCCUGGGAUGGUGCUGAGCUCCUCCUGUCUGCCUCCACUGUCCCCAUGUCCCAGCACACAUGGAUGUGCACCAGCUGCUUCAGGAGGUGUCAUAAUACCUGAUAUGCCUUGA